CAAUCAAAAUCACUCUCUGCUUCUAAGCUGUCUUCUAACACACUCAAUUUGCCAAAAACUCAUUCGAGUUCCAAGCUCGUGUAUUAAGUUUUAAACGAAAAACCAAAAAGAACUUGCAAGAAACGGUUUGAGUUUGAUAUACAGCUGGUAACGAUCUCUCUCAACACGCAAAGAGAGAAGGCAAAUGCUGAGGUUGAAUAAAGAAGCGAAUUUGUUGCAGAGAGACUGACAGAGAUGGUGGUGAGAAAAGUAGGAAAGUACGAGGUAGGUAGGACAAUCGGCGAAGGAACCUUCGCCAAGGUAAAGUUCGCGCAAAACACGGAGACAGGAGAAAGUGUCGCCAUGAAAGUGCUCGAUCGCAGCACCAUUAUCAAACACAAAAUGAUCGAUCAGAUUAAGAGGGAGAUAUCAAUAAUGAAGCUUGUUAGACAUCCUUAUGUUGUCCGUUUGCAUGAGGUUCUAGCAAGUCGUACUAAGAUUUAUAUAAUCUUGGAGUUCAUUACAGGUGGUGAAUUGUUUGAUAAAAUAGUUCACCAUGGACGACUUAGUGAAGCAGAAGCAAGAAGAUAUUUCCAACAGCUUAUUGAUGGUGUUGAUUAUUGUCACAGUAAAGGAGUCUACCACAGAGAUCUAAAGCCCGAAAAUCUUCUGCUUGAUUCCCAAGGGAAUUUAAGGAUUUCAGAUUUUGGACUUAGUGCAUUUCCUGAACAAGGUGUUAGCCUUCUUCAAACAACCUGUGGGACUCCUAAUUACGUGGCACCAGAGGUUCUCAGUCACAAGGGCUAUAAUGGUGCUGUUGCAGAUGUUUGGUCGUGCGGUGUCAUACUUUAUGUUCUAAUGGCAGGAUAUCUUCCAUUUGACGAGCUUGAUCUCAUGACUUUAUACAGUAAGAUUGAGAAAGCAGAUUUCUCAUGCCCAUCUUGGUUUCCAGUUGGAGCAAAAUCCUUGAUUCAUGGUAUUCUAGACCCAAAUCCUGAAUCUCGGAUUACCAUUGAAGAAAUUAGGAAUGAUGAAUGGUUCAAGAAGGGUUAUGUUCCUGUUCGACUACCUGAACAUGAAGAUGUCAACCUGGAUGAUAUAAAUGCCGCUUUUGAUGAUUCUGAGGAACAAAAAUCAGAUGAGCAUUGCAGGAAUGAAGGAGCUGGCCCUUUAAUUCUUAAUGCAUUCGACUUAAUAACUCUAUCUCAGGGCUUGAACCUUGCAACAUUAUUUGACCGUGGGCAGGACUCAGUAAAGUAUCAGACACGCUUUAUUACGCGGAAGCCAGCAAAGGUUGCUCUAUCGAGUAUGGAAGUUGUAGCACAAUCGAUGGGUUUUAAAACACACAUACGCAAUUAUAAGAUGAGAGUGGAGGGUCUU